AUGCAGGAUAUGGUUACGAUUGUUAAUGAAUUUGCAGCUUUAUCUGGCUUACAGUUUCCUAUUUACAAUACCACAAGAUGGCCCCAAGGGCUGACCCCAGCUUCACUGGGCAAAGCAAUUGGUAUGCUCAGUGAAAUGGGUGUUGAUACACUAUUAACACCAAUCGUUUACGUGGACUGGAAAAAUCCGGUUCGUCAUAAGUUGUACAUUGAUCAACCAACUCUGCUUUGGCCUCGUUCGUCAUAUGUGGAGGGUAAUGCGUGGAGCGUUUUUGGUCAAAAUUAUGCAAAUGUCAUGUUGCAUAUGCUCAAGGAAUACGGGAAAUUAAUUAAUAUGGCUUUACCUGAUUAUGUCCUCAACUACCACAUUGAAAAGAUGCUGAAAUUUGAAAUGACACUUGCCAGAUACUACACUGCUGAUGAUUUAGAGAGAAGGAAUUUCAGUCGUUUAUACACUCCUUUUACUUCUAUCAACAAUAUUUACUUAUUUGUCGACUUCAACUCGUUCUUUGAAGGUCUCUCAACAAAGAACCAUGAACUCAGAAGAUACUUCUACAGUUUUAACAACGAUUUCAUCGUAAUGAAAAAGAAUCUUCUUAGGAAGCUCAGCUAUGAUUUCUACAGAACUUUUGACUCAAAUGUUGUUAUAAACUAUUUAUUCUUUCGUCUUAUCGCUAGCAGAUCUUCUUAUUUUCCGCAGCACAAUUAUGGAAGCGUCCAAGACAUUUGUGCUCGUCAACUUAUGAACUUAUUCAAGCAUGCUGGUUCAAGACUGUACCUGAACAAUGCAAUUCCUGAUGCGUACAAAAGAAGGAAAAUUGGCAGGGUCGUGCGAAGGUUGACUGUUCGUAUUAUUGGAAGCUUCUACAAGGUUCUGCAAAGAUCAUUUGCCAAAGACUCUUAUACGUUGUCUAGAGCAGCAACAAAAAUUCGACAAAUGAUUCUCAACAUUGGUGCACCGUCUUUAAUUACUAAUGACGCACAGUUGGAUUACUACUACAGCAGGCUUAGAGUUCGGGAAGAUGAUAGUUUUAUAAAGAUUAGCGAAGAACUGCACCGGUUUAACAGCAGGAUCAAAUUUCAACCGCUCGCCCUCUACGAACUCCCUGAUCGAACUGUACACUGCGGAGAAGCGGCAGCGCCAAACUCGUGGUUUGAUGUUCGUGGUUCUGUUCUUUACGCACGUAAUUCUCUUACUGUGCCAAGUGGUAUACUUGUUCAUCCAUUUUUUGAUCCGCAUUGGCCGGCUUCGCUAAACUAUGGUUCGUUAGGUACAACAAUAGGUCAUGAGAUCAGUCACGCAUUUGACGAAAUUGGCACUCAGUUUAAUGAAUAUGGAAGACUCGAGAAUUGGAUGAGACCAGAAUCAAAAAGAAUCUUAAAUAAAACCGCAAGGUGCGUGACUGCAAAAUACAGUAGAGUAUGCCCGUUACAAGGAACAGGAUUUCACCCUGAAUGCCUCAAUGGACGAAGGGCUGCUGCAGAAAAUGUUGCUGAUAUUGCAGGCCUAAUAGUUGCAUGGCACAGCUAUCGUACAUUAGAUUCGAAUUUGAAAAGAGCGCAUAUACGGCUUCCGGAUUACGCAUUAAGCAGGUUAACACAUGAUCAGCUAUUUUUUCUUAGUUUUGCGCAACCGUGGUGUCGGGCAAAACCAUCCAGGAAGACGUUGCUUUCUGAAAUUUUAGAAUAUCAUCACAGUCCACCAGAAUACCGAGUAAUUACUGCACUACAAAACUUUAUGCCAUUUAAACGAGCUUUUAACUGUUCGUAUGGUUUUGUAAAACGGCCGCAAAGUUGUGGUGUUUGGGGUUAA